CCUGGAAAGAGGCUCUGUCGCGUUUUGGUUCCCACCCAAACAAACAAAGCUCGGAGGAGUGUUUUCCACCUCAGAACCGUCUGACAGCUCUGACCUCGACCAGCUGAUCUCCGUCAGCUGUCUUGACAGGGUUUGAGCGGAUCCAGCUCGCUCCAGCCCUCCGGUUCCUCAUCUUAUCUCUUCCGUUCUACACGUUAACUGAAGAGUUCCGUUGCGCACAGAGGCAGUAACGUGUGCUUCCAGCGAGCUGCCACUCACCGGCGGCGGAGCGAGGCUGGGCAGAGAUGACAAGCAGUUUGCCUGUUACAGUGUGUGCUUGAAGACAGGUUCGUUAGACUCGGGUGACAGCCCCAGACUGGCCCCUGCUCCCAGAGGAUCAGAUGUGUACACAGAGUUUCUGAGUCCAGAUAGCCAGCAGUUACUAUGAGUGCAAUGCGUGUGGACGCCAAAGUGGUGAUGCUGGGAAAGGAGAGCGUAGGGAAGACCAGCCUGGUGGAGAGAUACGUUCACCAUCGCUUCCUGGUCGGCCCCUAUCAGAACACUAUCGGAGCUGCUUUUGUUGCCAAACCGAUCCAGGUGGGAGAGAAAGUGAUCACCCUGGGAAUAUGGGACACGGCAGGAUCAGAGCGUUAUGAAGCUAUGAGCAGAAUCUACUACAGAGGAGCCCGAGCAGCCAUCGUCUGCUACGAUCUGACUGACAGCAGCAGCUUCCAGCGAGCUCGCUUCUGGGUGAAGGAGCUGCAGAACUGUGAGGAACACUGUAAGAUCUACCUGUGUGGCACUAAGAACGACCUGGUUGUAGGAGAUCGGGGCCUGCGUCAGAUCGACUUCCAUGAUGCUCAGGACUUCGCUGAAGAGAUUGGCGCACAGCAUUUUGAGACCUCCAGUAAAACAGGAAACAAUGUUGAUGAGUUGUUCCAGAAAGUUGCUGAGGACUACAAUAGCACUGCCUUCGAGUACAUGACAGAAGAGAACAGCGUCGACCUCGGCCAGAAGAAAGACUCGUAUUUCUACUCCUGCUGCCAUAACAACUGAUGUUGAGCAACAGGGAGGAAGCAGAGACGGCCCCUUUCCCUCGGCUGUUAUAAAACCUGGAGAUACUGGAUGGAUGUGGAGUAACUCAGAUCUGGAACUGGGAUCCGCAGAAGAAGAAGUGAAGCUGGACCGUAUACACCUAUUUAGAUCUGUUUUUUCUUUUGUGCCAUGCAGAACUGAGAGCAGGGAGACUUUAUGGAGGAGGAUUUACACUGGGGUGCAGAAGGACCCACAUAUUAACACUUUUCACCCAGCUAUGGCCUCUCUGUUUUUUUAUCUUCCUGUCAGCUGGUCCCUGGUUUCCUGUGACUUCCUCUGGACCGUGGAGUUUACAUAUCCUUAAAGCUGCAGUGUGAACAAUCAGAGGCUGUGUUUGGUGAAGUUAGCGUACUCAAACUGACAGAGGAAUCUUGAUUGACACUGUUUACUGUUGUUCUAGCCUCAGUGCUUCAGGGGGGGUGAUGGUUUGUUUACAACAGGUAACUUUGUUUACUUCCAACUCUAUUUAACCUUGUUGGGGAAAUGUUCUGUUUGUCCUGCACAUCUCCUGUGACGCCCGAUGAAGUCAAGCCAAAUAUAGUCUGUUAAAACCCCACUGCUGUGACCUGACAGAUCUAGAAGUCUAAAUUGAAUAAAUGUUUUACUUUGUGAAUCAGAUCCAUGAACCAUGAAUGAUAAGAUAACAAUGCUCUCUAUGAAGGCCUUACACCCACAGUAGAAAGAACAGCACUGUGUAAACUCCUGUAGUGAACAAUUAACAAGUGUUGCCAUGUGACGACAUGGAUGUAUUAACAGAUAUGGAUUCUGCUGCAGCCUUACUAGUCCUCUGCUCUAGUGGCUAGUUGUGGCACUACAACAAAAAACACGAAACACCUUCCCCCAAUCAGCACCUCUAUAAAAUGUAGACCGGCCGCCCACAUCUAGGACAGGGUCAAUGGAGGAGGUGCAUUUUAAAACUGAUCCCAAAGAAAAGUUUAUAAGCUGAGGGGAAACGUGAGCAGGGCGAGUGAGGGGAACACUACUGAGCAUGUGCAGUGGGCCACACUGCGCUGAAGACCGCCAGGAGUUACAGAACUGAUUUUAGAUUUUCGUGUCCAGUCCUCAAACACACCCACAGUGACAGAGCAGACAUCGUGUGUGUGAUCUGUCUCCUCUGCAGCAUAAGCUAUGAUCUGUUAACAGGAGGAAUAUGAUUGUGAUUAUUUGGGGAUGGUUUCUAAAAUGCCUUUAUGUCUGUAAUGAAAGUGCAUGUCCUCAGCAGAUUUGAAGAAAACGUUGACAGUUGCUUUUCUGCAUUUAAACUCCAAAUGUUCUGUUUUGAAAUUUGAAACAUGUCUGGUUCUGUGUUCUCUAAAGGUUUAACAUCACGCUCACCUCUCUGUGUUGAGAAACUUCGGAUUUCACCAACACUGUGGACGGACGUGGGUGAAUGUUGUGACAUGCUACAAACUGUCAUCUUGAUGUUCUCAGAACGAUAUUUACAGAUAUAUUCAACUUGAAGACUGGACUCACUCAUUUAUUGCCUUUUUAAGUUGUGCUUCCAGGAAGCGUGGGAUGGGAAGGAUCCAUUAUCAGUUUACUCCAUGUUGCUGCUUUGACGUGUUGAUGUCCCCUGUGAUGAUAUCUUAAUGCACAAUUUUUUUAUUGAGGGCUGUUCACAGACCGAUGUGAAGUACAAAUAUGUUCUGUAAAAUUAAAGCUUGUUCAACAAAGGCUCUA